AUGGCCGCCACUUACGCCCCCGGAUUCUUUUGUCGCCCCUCCUGGCCGCCCGUCCGCAGUACACCCAGCUCCCUGGCCGGAUCCCCGCUGAGCAGUGCUGGCGGGCUGUUUGGCCCGCCAUCCGCCUCCAGCGGGUCGCCACUCGGAGCCGCCGGCGCCGGGUCCCUGCUGACCAGCGCGCUGAGCUUCCUUUCGACCAAGACUCGCCCGACCGGGGGGGCCCCGGCCUCGGCGUCGCCCUCGCCGCAGCCGCCCGCACCCGUGCGGGCACAGGCCCCCUCUUCGCAGUCCUCCGGUGGCCCGGGCCCCGGGGCCCCCGGGGCCUUUUCUCCUGGGCCCAGCCCGGCGGCCUCCCCGGCCCCCGGGCCGCCGGUGGCCGAUGCCCUGAGCACCGCCGUGCGCUUGCGCUCGCAGCGGGCCAUGCGCGCGCGCGCGGUCACCUUCAAUUUGGUGUUCGACGCCGAGGGCGACCUGGCCGCCGACCGGGGCUGGGCCAUCCUGGCCAGCGGGGAUUCCGGAUCGGCCGGCCCCGGGCCGGGGUCGGGCAUCGGUGGCUCGGCGCGGCCCCUGCUGGCCAGCCGCCUGCGCACGGCCAAGGCCUCGCAGGCCCUGCUGGUGGACCAGCUGCUGGAGCAGCACCUAAACCACCGGCAGGCCGACCGCGAGACCGGCUGGCUGCGCGCGGUGACCACCCUGGCCGAGGUGCAGCGCCACACGGCCGGCGCCCCGGGGGACCCCCUCGGGGCCCCCUUCAGCUAUGGGAUGUCCGUGCGGCCGGGCCUGCCGCGCGACUCGUUCGAGCUGUUCACCCACUGGCCGGUCGGCUACCGGGAGGAUGUGUGGCUGGAUGUGGCCACCGAGGCGCUGGCCGAUCCGCUGUUGGCGGUGAUGGCCCAGGCUUCGCGGCCCCUUGGCCGGCAUUAUGCCCCGACGGCGGCCGAUGGCCCGCCCGAGCACAUGCUCACGGCCGGCUACCGGCCCGCGUGUGCCCUGUCCAGCCAGCGGUAUGUCAUCCGGCGACUGGCUCGGGCCCGGGAACUUCGCCGGGCCAGCCUGGCCGCCGAUCGCCUGUUCAUGGCUUCCCACCGGCCGGCCUUCGAGACGGUCAUCACCGAGGCCCUGUCGCAGCGCCGGGCCGCGCGCAGCCGGCCGCUGGUCUUGCGCCCGGGGCUCCUGCCCUCGGAAGCGGGGUUCCUGACCCGUGGCACGGGGCCGCGCCCGGCUGGCCCCGGGCAGCCGGCCCCGCGCACGCUCUUCUGCGACAUGGCCGAUGGCGUGGCCGUGGCCGCGUCCCGGCGGACGGCCGAGCUCGAGUCCGAUGACGACUGGGCCGAGUAUGACCGGCUGCUGGCGGCGGCGCGGGCUCCGGGCCCCGGCGGCGCUGGGCCCGCCGGGCCCGCCGGGCCCGCCGCCCUCCCGGCCCCUGGGCCCCGGCCGGGCACCGAGCAGGAGGCCACCCCGGAGCUGGCCCCCGGGGAGGAUACCUCUGCGGCGUCGGGCACGGCGUCAGCCGGCACCACAUCGGCACCGGCCGCCGGUCCGGCCUCGACUGAUGAGCCCCCGGCGCCGAUUUCUUUUUCCUUAGCCGGUGAUCUGAGUGAUUCCGAGCUUGUGCUCGGAUCGGUGGACCUGUUCGGGUCAGACCUCGAGGAGGGGUCUGCCGCCUCGAGCGUGUCCUCCGGCUCGGAGUCCGAUGGUCCCGGCGACAAGCGCCCCCGUCCCGGUGGGGCCAGCAGCCUGGCCGGGCCGGCCGAUCCGACGGCCCGGCCGGCCAAGAAGCCCAAGUCCUCGGCUUCGGGGGCCGCGGCGGCCGGUGCAUCCGGCGGUGUGUCGGCCUCCGGCCCCGGCUCGGCCAAGCGCCUCAAGGACUCGGCUGGGGCCGCCGGUGGCGGCCCCGGCGGCCGUGUCAUCCGCGAUGCCUUCGCCGUGCUGAAGUCCGCGACCCAGGGGACCGGCGCCGGCGGGCCGGCCGUCUCGGCCAGCUCCUCUUCUCUUGAACGCUCCCCCUCCCCGGAUCCGAACGACCCGGAGCAAAUGGCCGCGAUCGAGCGCCGCCGUGCCGAGCGCCAAUGGUCGGCCUUCGUGCGGAAUGACGUGCUCAGAGCCGCGCGGGUUCACUCGUCGUCGCAUUUGCACCGGCGUCUAAAUGCCCGGCGCGUGGCGCUGGUAUGCGUGCGCGAGGUCCGCCGGACGGGCUUCUCCUCGGGCUCAUCCCUGUCGCUGGGCCUGCCGGCGCCGCUGCUGGCCGGUGUGAGUCAGGUGGACCCGGCUCCGGCGGCCAUAUCGUCGGCGGCCGCGGCGGCCGCCGCCGGUGGCGGGCUCCUACCCGUGUCUCUGGCAGCCGGAAGCCCGCUGGUGGGCGUCGCCACCGGGGUGGCGCCCCGACGUGGCCGCACGCUGGUCACUACCUCCCGGCGCCUGGCGCGCGAUGUCCUGGCCCACUGGCGCCGGCAUGAGCGCGAGGAGCGCGAAGCACGUCGCCGCUAUGAGCGUGAAGAGGCCGAGCGCCUGCGUCUAGAAGAGGAGGCUCGCGAGGAGCGCCGCCAGCGCAACAAGCUGAACUUCCUCAUCACACAGACCGAGCUCUACGCACACUUCAUCCAGCGCAAGAGCACCAAAGUGGCCGAGGCCGGUGCGACCCCCGGGCCGGACGCCUCGGACGCCCCGAGCCCGGCCCUCGGCGGGGUGGACAUCGAAAGCAUGGACUUCUCGACCAUGGACGAGUCGGACUUGCAGCGGGCCGCCGCCCAGGGGGCCAUGUCGCAUGUCGCCGCGCACCACAGCCGGGUGCGGGCCUUCGAUAGCACGUCCGGCCGUGUGGCCGGUGCCGGCGCCGGCGCCGCUGCUGCUGCCGCUGGUGGCUCCAAUGCCCAGGAGCAGUUCGACCAGCUUGGCUUCGAUCUGACCGCGCCGUCUACCCUGACCGAGGCGCCGUCAGUCACCCAGCCCAAGAUGCUGACAUGUCGACUGAAGAGCUACCAGCUGAAGGGCCUCUCGUGGCUGUAUAACCUCCACGAGCAGGGCAUCAACGGCAUCCUGGCCGAUGAGAUGGGCCUCGGCAAGACGGUCCAGUCCAUUUCGGUCCUGGCGCACCUGGCCGAGAAGCAUCAGGUGUGGGGCCCAUUUAUCGUGGUAACCCCGGCCACGACGCUGCACAAUUGGACCAAUGAGCUGCACAACUUCUGCCCGGACUUCCGGGUCCUCCCCUACUGGGGCGACCGUGGGGAUCGGGCCACCCUGCGCCGGUAUUGGCAGGGGGUCGGGCAAGAUCCCUCCGGGCCCCGGCGUCGGGGGGUUUUCUCCGGCAUCGACGUCCUCGGUCGGCGGGACUCCCCCUUCCAUGUGAUUGUCACCAGCUACCAGAUCGCCGUCAUGGAUGAGCAGUUCCUCCGGCCCAUCCGCUGGGAAUACAUGAUCCUGGAUGAGGCUCAGGCUGUGAAGAGCUCGACGUCUCUCCGGUGGAACACCCUGCUCAAGUUCAAUUGCCGGAAUCGUCUGCUACUCACCGGCACGCCCAUCCAGAACUCCAUGCAGGAGCUCUGGGCCCUGCUGCACUUCAUCAUGCCGCUGAUGUUCGACUCGCACAAGGAGUUCAGCGAGUGGUUCAGCAAGGACAUCGAGGGGAAUGCCGGCGAGCGUGGGGACUCGGUCAACGCGCACCAGCUGGCCCGCCUGCACAUGAUUCUCAAGCCCUUUAUGUUACGUCGUGUCAAGCGCGACGUGGAGAAUGAGCUCGGCGAGAAGAUCAUGGUCGACCGGUACUGCGUGAUGACUCCCCGGCAGCGGCGCCUGUACCAGGGCCUCCAGGACAAGCUGUCCAUCUCGGACCUGCUGCAGUCGUCGUCUUCGCUGUCGGCCGCCCAGUCGGCCUUCAAUGACGAUGACUCGGGGCUGAACCCCACGGCCGGGGGCUCUGGCAGCGGGGCCAACUACCUGCUGAACCUGGUCAUGCAGUGCCGGAAGGUGAGUUGCCACCCGGACCUGUUGGACUCGCGCGAGGAAUCCGAGCCCUACCGCAUGAUCCCGCUGCCGCGGCAGUACGCCAUCGACCUGGCCCCGGGGCCCAUGCCGCCGGGGCUGGUGGUGGACUUCGGCCUGCCGGCUCCGCCGGUGUCAGGCCCCAUCAGUCUGGCCCUGCCGGGAUGUGUCCUUGUGUCGGGCGAUGCGGGGCAGCUGGUGGCCGGGGGCAUUGGGCCUGCCUUCGGGGGGCAGUAUGCCGACGCCCCGCCCAGCAGCGGCCCCCUCUGCCCGUAUCGGUCGCCCACGCAGCAGGACGCCAUGGACUCCCUGCCGCCGGGGCACAUCCGCCCGGGGCACCUGAUCGUGUCGCGGGGCUUCUUCCUGCGGUCGCCUCGCACAUUGGCCAAUGUCGCGGCACCGGCCGUGUGCAUUUGGUCCCCGCCGGCCCCGGAGGCGGCCGGGCGCGCUGCAUACCUGACAGCUGGCGUUGGGUCGUUGGCUCGCUUGUCUGGCGGGUACUCCCCGGCCGAGGUCCAGCGUCUGGCCGAGUCCAGCCUCUUCGAGCGCUUCCUCCAUCUGCUUGCCACGCAUGAGGAGCGCGCCACUCUUGCCUGGUACCAUGAGCACCAGGCCUCCCCAAUGGCGACCCACACGGCCUCCCCAGAUGGCGCGCCCUCCUCCGAUGCCCUGCUUGUGCUGGAGACCAGCCAGGCCGACCACCUCAUGGCCGAUGCCGAGACCAUGGAUGGGGCCCCCGCUGGCGAGGCCCCGGCCCUCCCCCGGCACCUGCUGUCCAUGCUCAAUGUAACGGGGGCCGCCGAAGCCACGCGAACUGGUCCCCGGACGGCCGGCCUGUCGGAGCGGGCGAUCACCUCGUCGCCCGCCCUGGCGGCCCUGUGCUCCGUGUCGGCGGACCUCCUGCACCAGGAGUACACUUACCACGGGCGCUUCGAGGGGCUUUACCAGCCGGCGGCGGCCGUGUGUGCGGUGGUGCCGGCCAUCCGGCAGCCCGGCCGGGCGGCCGACCUGGAGCCCGACCGGCGCCGGGCCCUGGGCGCUUGCCUGGGCCUGGAUGCGGCACUGGCGGCGUCGAUGCCGCCGACGCGGCCGCACGCGGCUGCCCUCUCCCGGGCGGUGGUCGUACAUCCCGGCGGCCCGGCCGAGGGGCUGAGCGCCGCCACCGGCGGGCUGGCCGCCACCGGGGGACACUUUCGUCGUGGGGCGCCGGUCUCUCCGGCCGGGCCGGCCUCGGCCUGGUUCAGCCUGGCUCGACUCCCGCCGGGGGCCCUGCAGCAGCCAGACAAUGGGCCUCUGCCCGGGUCGGAGGCGGCGGCCCAGGCGCACUAUCGCGCCGUGGCCACCGACUGCCUCGGGCUGGACCAGCACGCGGCCGAUGCAUGGGCCUCGCCCGGGGCGCGUGGCCUUGCCACCGGUGGCCUGAUCGGCGACCGGCGCCGGGCCUUCGGCCCGACGCAGUCCCUCUCCUUCGUCCAGUGCCCCAGCGUGGAGGAUCUCAUCCACGACAGUGGCAAGCUCCGGCUGCUGGACCAGCUGCUGGCCGAGCUGUAUGCCGGGCGUCACCGGGUGCUGAUCUUCUGCCAGCUGGUCACCAUGAUCGACCUGCUGGAGCGCUUCAUGGUCUUCCGGGGGUAUCGGUUCUUCCGGCUGGAUGGGUCCACUCGGAUUGAAGAUCGCCGGGACAUGGUCAGUGAAUUCCAGACCAACGACGACAUCUUCGCCUUCUUGAUCUCCACGCGUGCCGGCAACUCCGGCAUCAACCUCACCGCCGCCGACACGGUCAUCUUCUACGAGAGCGACUGGAACCCGACCGUCGACCAGCAGGCCAUGGACCGCGUCCAUCGUCUGGGCCAAACCAAGCAGGUGACCGUCUACCGGCUGAUCACCCGCGACACCAUCGAGGAGCGCAUCCUCCUGAGUGCCGGCCAGAAGCACGAGAUCCAGAAGGUGGUCAUCCAGGGGGGCGACUUCCAGAUGGACCACAUGCCCGGCCCGCCAACCGACACAGAGGGCACCGGCGCCGAGGCCCCGGCGGCCUGACACACCUCUGCCUGCUCGGCUGGUUCCCCGCCAUCCUGCUUCGCCCUCCUCGCCCGCUGGCUUGGCCCAUGGAUCCCCUCCCGGCCCGGAGGGCUGGCUGGAGGGCGAGAGGGAGGCUGCACGCGCACGCGCGCCUGCACACAUACACUGUCCUUGUGAAAUAUACAUCUAUGUCUAUCCUCGUCAGCCUCCCUUGGUCAAGCGAAGGGUAACAGGGGGGGGGGGUGGCAGUGCGCUCAACUACACCUCGAUCGGUGCGGUGACAUGCAUGAUGAUGACCCGGCUGGCCUCGGGCCGGCUCCACCGGCACAUGGCCUCGCAGCAGGGCCCCCCGGGGGUGGAAGCGCCCGGGCCGUCGCCCGACGCCGGCAGGAUUUCCCGGACCUGGAGCCCGGCAGCCCGGGCAUAUGCCACGAAGAAGGCCACCGUUUCCGGCCGGCGCAUGGUGUUGGCCACCAGGGCCCCAAGGGGGAAGUUCCGCCGGCCGGCCAGCAGCUGGCGCAGGGCCGCCACCAGGUAGACCACGAGCGACUCCUCAAAGAUGACGUCCGCCGCCAGGAUGAGAUCGAAGUGCUGCCCCUCGGUGGCGGCGGCCGACUCGCCGGUCGCCGGGUGCGAGAGAAUGGACGGCAGGGCGCCGGGCGUCGUGGCCGGCGCGAUGCCCGCAAGGAAAUCCGCCCAGUCCAGCACCCCGGUUGACAGGGCGCCCGGGCGCAGCUGCUUGGCAUCUGCGAAGGGAGAGAAGAGGAGCGGGAGGGGGAGGAGCACCCGAGGGGAGUGAGUGGAACAUCAGGAAACAUCAGGGCGUCAGGGUGGGCUGGAGAGGGAGACCGG